CGCCGCCGCCACCAUGAAGAAGCAAUUCAACCGCAUGAAGCAGCUGGCCAACCAGACCGUGGGCAGAGCCGAGAAAACAGAAGUCCUCAGUGAAGAUCUGUUACAGAUCGAGCGGCGCCUGGACACGGUUCGGUCAGUGUGCCACCAUUCGCACAAGCGUCUGACAGCAUGUUUCCAGGGCCAGCAUGGGACCGACACCGAGAGGAGAUACAAAAAACUCCCUCUGACCGCUCUCGCUCAGAACAUGCAAGAAGCAUCGACUCAACUGGAAGAGUCUCUGCUGGGGAAGAUGCUGGAGACGUGUGGCGAUGCCGAGAAUCAGCUGGCUCUAGAACUUGCUCAGCAUGAAGUCUUUGUUGAGAGAGAGAUCGUGGAACCUCUGGGCAGCAUAGCAGAGAUGGAGAUUCCCAACAUCCAGAAACAGAGGAAACAGCUUGCUAAAUUGGUGUUGGACUGGGAUUCGGUCAGAGCCAGGUGGAACCAGGCUCACAAAUCUUCAGGAACCAACUUCCAGGGGCUUCCGUCAAAAAUAGAUACCCUAAAGGAAGAGAUGGAUGAAGCUGGAAAUAAAGUAGAACUGUGCAAGGAUCAACUUGCAGCAGAUAUGUACAACUUUAUGGCCAAAGAAGGGGAGUAUGGCAAAUUCUUUGUUACGUUAUUAGAAGCCCAAGCAGAUUACCAUAGAAAAGCAUUAGCAGUCUUAGAAAAGGCCCUUCCCGAAAUGCGAGCCCAUCAAGAUAAGUGGGCGGAAAAGCCAGCCUUUGGGACGCCUUUGGAAGAACACCUGAAGCGGAGCGGCCGUGAGAUCGCACUCCCCAUCGAAGCCUGCGUCAUGCUGCUCCUGGAGACCGGCAUGAAGGAGGAGGGCCUUUUCCGAAUUGGGGCUGGGGCCUCCAAGUUAAAGAAACUGAAAGCUGCUUUAGACUGUUCUACUUCUCACCUGGAUGAGUUCUACUCUGACCCCCAUGCUGUCGCAGGUGCUUUAAAGUCCUAUUUACGGGAACUGCCUGAACCUUUGAUGACUUUUAAUCUGUAUGAAGAAUGGACACAAGUUGCAAGUGUGCAGGAUCAAGACAAAAAACUUCAGGAUUUAUGGAGAACAUGUCAAAAGUUGCCACCACAAAAUUUUGUUAACUUUAGGUAUUUAAUCAAGUUCCUUGCAAAGCUUGCUCAGACCAGCGACGUCAAUAAAAUGACUCCCAGCAACAUUGCAAUUGUGUUAGGCCCUAACUUAUUAUGGGCCAAAACUGAAGGAACGCUGGCUGAAAUGGCAGCGGCCACCUCAGUCCAUGUGGUUGCAGUCAUCGAGCCCAUCAUCCAGCACGCCGACUGGUUCUUCCCUGAAGAGGUGGAAUUUAACGUAUCGGAAGCAUUCGUGCCUCUCGUCACCCCGAAUUCCAAUCACUCAUCUCACACUGGAAAUGACUCUGACUCAGGGACCCUCGAGAGGAAGCGACCUGCCAGCAUGGCGGUCAUGGAAGGGGACUUGGUGAAGAAGGAGAGCUUUGGUGUGAAGCUUAUGGACUUCCAGGCCCACCGGCGGGGUGGCACUCUAACUAGAAAGCACAUAUCCCCGGCUUUCCAGCCGCCACUCCCGCCCACAGAUGGCAGCACCUUGGCUCCUGCAGGCCCAGAGCCCCCUCCCCUGAGCUCUAGGGCUGAAAGCAGCGCAGGGGGUGGGACGGUCCCCUCUUCUGCGGGCACACUGGAGCAGGGGCCAAGCCCGGGCGACAGUCCGCCAAAACCCAAGGACUCCGCACCUGCCCCUGCCCCAGGGAGAAAUGGCAGUCAGAUGGCCAGUGGCCAGAACCAGGCGCAGAUGGCGGCUGGCUCCCAUCAGCUCUCCGUUGGCCCGGGGCACAAUUCCGCUGGCCCUAGCCCGCACACUCUGCGCCGAGGUAAGUAGCCACCUUUAC